CCCUAAUCACCACAGAAAAGCAGGGAUAAAUAUAGUCACUUUUAAUUUAAAAUCAUUUGCUUUUAAUGUAAUUAUUUUCAUUCAAUUACUUAAUGUGAUCUGAAUUGCAAUAACUUGUUAAGUAGCUAAAUAGGCACAUUUGUCAAAUACCUUUGCUUUACAUUUACCUUUUGAUUUCGAAUUAGCAAGAAUUGCUAAAAAAAUUCUCUUUUUUGUCCCAGGAUAAGAGAGUACCAAAGACAGCAGCAACCAGAAGAUGCAACCCAGCCCAGCAUAGUAGGAUUUGCUAGACUGGAAUUGACCAAACAAGCAGUGCCGCUUUAUGAUGCAAGUUCUCCAAGACAACAAGAAAUGAAUAAUGCCAAAAAAAACAAUCACUGAAAAACACAUUCCUUUGUUGGUUGAUCAGGUGAAGGAUUCAAUUAAAGGCGGAGUCCACAAUGUUUGAAAGCCAAUGUUGAUAUUUGAAAUGACCUAAACAAACACGCCCCUACCCCAAUAGAAUCUCGACCUUCUGUUGAUAGACCCGCCCCACACAUACACAACCCAGGCAACGAUGACGGUUAGUAGACAUGCUCCUUACUGCUGAUUGGCUAUAAGUGUGUUUUGGUAGUCGGCCCGUCUCCUUUUCCAAAGCGUUUUUCAAACAUCGUGGACUUUAAAAGGAAGCUCCAGACCCAAUCAUCUGUGUCCAUAACUGCUGACAUAUGGUCUGAUCGAACCAUGCAGUCCUUCUUUGGUGUUACAGCUCAUGGAUUAAACCAAGAUGGAAAUCAGCUGGAGUCCUUUCUUUUAGACUGUAGGAGGUUUUGUGGCAGACACAGUGGAGACAACAUAGCCAUGGCAUUUGACAAGAUCAUUGAUGAAUAUAACAUAGCAAGUAAAGUCAGGUACAUUAUUACUGAUAAUGCAGCCAAUAUGAAGUGUGCAUUCAAAGUCAAGCUACCACAGGAAGAGCAGCACAGUGAUGGCAGUGAUGCAGAAGAGGAAAACUUAGAUGACGAGGGUCUUUGGGAGGAUGUGACCUGGGAAGAUGAGACUAUCAUGGUAGGAACAAGACAAAGGUUGUCAUGUUUUCCACAUACUCUGAAAUUAGUUGUGCAUGAUGAAAUGAAAGAAGCCAAGUCAUUUUCUUUAGCACUUGCCAAAAUGUCCAAAUUAACCUCAUUACUCCACAGAAGUACUACAUUUAAAGAGCGAUUUGAGGCUACAUUUGGGACAGCUACAUCCACACGCUGGGACAGUACAUUCAAGCAGCUACAGGCCCUUACAGCACUUGACAAUAGGGAUCUCACACAAAUGUGCAAUUCAGACUUUCAACAUGUUCUUUUUUCAGUUUGUGAAUGGAAUCAACUGAAGGAUUUAGGUUCUGUUCUCUUUCCUUUUCCAGAAGCAACAGAGGGUGAGAAAAUGGUCACUGUUAGUAUGGUUGUCCCCACUGUACUUGAUUUAAACACUCAUCUGCUCCAAAUAUCAGAGUCAAGAAUUCAUUGCUGGCCACUUGCCACAACCCUUCGGCAAUCACUUUUAAAGAGAUUCUCUGGGAUCUUUGUGAGAACCAAAAUUGUUGAGCAAAAUGGUGAAGAGGACCAGUUCAACAAUAAUGUCUAUUUCUUGGCUACAAUGCUUAAUCCUAAGUUUGGCCUUAACUGGGUUGAUCUAGAUGUAACCAACAGUGAGAGUCUAGAUUCGAUGAAGAAAUUCAGAGAGGAUCUGAAAAGAACACUUAUAGAUACUUUGACUGCAGAAGUUGAGGCCACAGCAGAUGGAGACAUGUUGCAUUUUGGAGCUGAUGAAACCAUAAAUUCUCCUCCUGGCAAAUGCCCACGACUUUUGGCUCACAAGCACCUGAGCCACACAGCUAAGGAUACAUGCAUUUCAGCUCAGAUACACAAGUUCUUUGAUGGCAUUCAAGACACAGAAACAAAUACAGCACUUGAAUUUUAGUGACAAACAUAAAGAUAUUUCCCCAGCUUUACUCUCUCGCUAUAAAAGUGCUGUCUAUUCCAGCAUCCUCUGCACCAGUAGAGCGUGUCUUUAGCAAAGGUGGCCUCAUUGUGAGACCACUCAUAAAAUGGUCACAGAGCUUGUAUUUCUGAAAAGCAUUAUGGUUUAGUGCUUGAUUGUGCACUAUAGUAGUACACUGCAUGUUCAUUGUUCAUUACAACUCAUGUUACAAGACCGGACAGUUGUGUUCAGAAAGGAGUAGUUUGUUGUUGAUUAAGCACAGUAAUAAAGCUUUAGUUUGUUAUGAGCUGAUAGAUUUAAACUCUACUCUAGGUAUUUCCUAUUUAAAUGUGUGGGAGAGGCAUUAAAUAAUUGAAAUGUCAGCUUUAACUGGAGAAUAGUGUGAUAGAAUAAUAAAACAUUACAAGUGCAUUAAAAUACAAAUGAACCUAGAAUUAGAAUUUGAAUACACCUUCAGGUGCUACUUGGACACGUCAUCAGUGAAGAACCCGGGGUCAUGGGGUGUUUCGGGUCUUUAAUCUUCAUACACCCUCACCCGGGUGACCCAGCCAGGGGUGAUCAGUCCCCGGCUUGUGUCCAAGUGGCAUGUUGCUCCACGGAUCCCCCCUACGGAUCCACAGCCACCGAGAAGCCCUCUCUGCGGCCUCUAAGAUGUUUGUGGUGGCUUUUUACAGUUGCAGUCCUUUCACUUCAAGGAGUUUGAGGGUUCGCAGCAGAGAGCAUCCAGCAAAGCCUCGGCACCCGACCUCGACUGGCUCGCAGCGGGCUUUCCAGCCGUUGUUCCGGCACUCCGAGCUGAGCUCUGCAUACUUUGCCUUCUUCUUAUAAUAUAUUAUAAAAGUUUAAUAUAA